GCUCCUCCUCCUCUCCGCAUCUUGCUCUCCCGUCUCCCGGCACUGCUCAUUCACUCUCCCCUUUUCCCACCUGUCCAACGUCAUUUGACAGUUCAGGCGUGCACCAGCAACGAAACCGUGUGCCUGCCUGUCGACGGCUAGAUUCGACCUGCACGUCGCCAUCAACUCCCCGCGUUGCUCGAUCCUCGAGCUUGACCAUCGGGGUCUUCGUCCCUGUCACGCGGAUUCACCCAUAAGCCACACUUGCUGCAGCUCCCUCCUGCCGCGCCUGAUCACGAGCCCCGUCAAUUUCGGCCAUCGUCACGUCGAGUCUUUGCAUUUAUAAAGGACAACCGGGAUUAUUCCAAGCUGUGUUCCCAGCCUCUCGCCCCUACAUCGAGCACAUCUACGAGAGCACGAUCUGAAAGACCUGAAAAUCGCCCGCCAUGAAGGACCCAUUCUUCAUCCCGCCGAGCCCGAUCCUGAGCAAGGCUGUACAGCCUCUGGCGGACUUUUUCUCGCUGCCGACGCUGCCUCUGCACAUCCACGAGAUUGUCAUCAUGGCGUCCUUCUACCAGUUCGUCGCCACCGUCAUCUCGCCCCUCGUUUCACUCCUCAUCUUCCCUACUCAAUAUGAGGCUCUGUCACGCUCCAAGAAGCUCAGCUGGGAUGUCCACGUCGUUUCCUUGGUCCAGAGCACCACCAUCAACAUCCUGGCACUCUGGGUUCUUUUCACCGACCAGGAGGUCAAGGAGAUGGACUGGCAGGAGCGCUUGUGGGGUUAUGACGGGGCGGCGGCCAUGAUCCAGGCCUUUGCUGCCGGCUACUUCGUCUGGGAUCUGAUCAUCACGGCGUCCAAUGUCAAGAUUUUUGGGCUCGGCAUGCUCGCGCACGCCAUUUCGGCCCUGCUUGCCUACUCUUUGGGUUUCCGACCUUUCGUGAACUAUUACAGCUGCAACUUCAUCCUGUGGGAGCUGUCAUCCCCAUUCCUGAACAUCCACUGGUUCUGCGACAAGGUUGGCCUCACGGGCUCCAAGUUUCAACUUUACAACGGCUUCCUCCUGAUCGGCACCUUCUUCUCAUGCCGCCUGGUCUACGGUACUCUGAACUCGUACUGGGUCGCGAGGGACAUUUUAGCUGGUAUCAAUGCCACGCCCAAUGUGAUGGCGACCCUAGCGGCCAAGGACGCUGCCAACGUCACUCUGCCAGUCACCCUGCCGGCUUCAUACGAGCAGACCAUGAUUUACGUCAACGAGAAUACCACCGUGCCCUUGUGGCUCGCGGCGGUCUACAUCGGAGCAAACCUGACCCUGAACUGCCUCAACUUCUACUGGUUCUUCAAGAUGAUCGAAGCCAUCCGCAAGCGGUUCGACACUCCGGAUGACAAGGCCGCGGACAAGAAGACCGUCGAGACGGAAGAGAAGCCCAAGGGUGCUGUCGAGGGCGCCACGACCGCCCUCGAUGGUCCUGCCACAGAACUCAAGAUGCGGCCGAGACGCGGCACUCUUCUCGACGGUGAGGAGGCCGAUCUCCCGCCGCCCAACUAGUCAGUCUUGGACCAGAGGCACAAUGUGUGCGUAGGCUCGGCACGGUUCUGAGCUUCUGUUGGACGUCGAUCUUAAGGGCACGUGUCUGAGUGCAGAGCGGGAAUGGCCUGGUCUUGCAGGACGAGGAGGCGAGCAAAGGACGCUCCAUUCGAUAUUAGUUUUUGAGAACUUUUGGGUGCUUGCGUAUAUAUAUAUAUAGAAACGCGAUAAUCACACUCUCGGUGUGCCCCGAUUGAUCAAGGGCGGCGCUUUAUACGGAACGAGGCAAUACAUAGCUAAGGCAAACAACGAGA